AUGAUAACCCAGUUUCCUCAAACAAUUCAUUCAUACGUUUUUAAGAAAGCUAUUGGAAAAGGAGGAUUCUCAACGGUUUAUCUUGUAGAAAGCGAGGUAUAUCAUCAAUCUUACGUUGCAAAAGUUACUCCGAUUGAUAGCGAACCAAUCAAAGAAGGUGAUGUAGACCCAUUGGAUGCUGAAAUUAAAGCUCUUAUGAGCUUGUCUCAUCAAAACAUUAUUAGGUUAUAUGAUCACUUUACUGAGGGAAAUAAUUUUUACAUGAUUCUCGAGUAUUGUCAACAUGGAUCUUUGCAAGAUUCAGUUGGAGAAAAUGGGCUUCCAUUACCGCAAUUUAUUACCUAUGGUAGACAAAUUUUAUCUGCCCCCGCUUUUGUUCACUCAAAAGACAUUGCUCACCGAGAUAUCAAGCCCGGAAAUAUCCUUGUUGACUCCCUUGGACACAUCAAAUUAUCCGAUUUCGGAAUUUCAAUACGAAAUGCAAACAAUGUCGUUUCAGCAUUUUCUGGCUCAUUCCUUUACGAAGCUCCUGAAGUAAUCCUUAAGAAGCCACACAAUCCAAUGCAAGCUGAUAUUUGGUCACUGGGAGUUCUUUUCGCUUUCUUAAUUAAUGGAAUGACUCCAUGGAGAAGUGACAAUCUUACAAUACUCAAAAAUCGAAUAUGUACAGCAUCCUAUAAAUUACGAUCAAAUACACCUCCCGAAGUAGCAGAACUAAUUAAUAAAAUGAUCGUUAUUGAUCCAAAUGAAAGACCAACAGCCCAAGAGAUAUUAAGCAUGCCAUUAUUCGAAAAGGAAUCUGUAGAUCCUGUUAAUUCUGAUUCAGAAGAAAUUCAAGAUGUUUUAUCUCCAAAAGGAAGAGCCAGAAGUCAAGCGAUACCUAGAAAUAGAUCUUCUUAUAGCGCUCAAUCAAAAGCAAUUAAUAUUUUCAAAAUGAACUUAAUGGUUGGAAAUAAUAAGCUUCCAAAAAUUAAAUCAAGAUUCCAUAGUGGUCAAGUUGAGACUUUCAUUCUCAAAUAA